AUGCCUAAAUCCUCUAAAAUUGACGAAUCUCGCGUUGCCGAGGCCUGCAAAGCGGCUAAUUCCCUCAAAAAGCCGAAUAUAUCGCGUAUUGCACGCGAUUUCGGCGUUCCCUAUCAAACCCUCUAUCGACGCGUCCAUGAACAGGAACUGGCCUUAGUAGGCUGGGUCCUGUUUAUGGAGAGCGUGAAUAUACCUAUUACGCCUGCUAUCUUGCAAGAUGCAGCAAAUGCUAUCUUUUUGCGUACAAAAAAGGAUGCGCAACCACUAAGCAAGAUGUGGGUAUAUCGCUUCAUGAAACGUCACAAGAACCUUAAACCUACAUCUCAAAAGCCAAAGGAUGAUAAGCGUAUCUCUGCUGAAGAUGCUGGAGCUCUUGAGCAGUGGUAUAACAGCCUGGCAAGGGUUACUAGGAACGUUCCUCUGCGCUUAGUAUACAACUUUGAUAAAAUUAGCUUUCAACCUGGGAGGGGAAAGGCACAAACUAUUAUUAGUGGUACAGAGCGGCGUUCUAAUAUCGCUGAGGCAGAGUAUUCUGAGACUAUAACAGUACUUAAAUGUAUUGCCGCUGAUGGCUGGUCAAUGGCUCCAUUUUAUAUCUUUAAGGGCCAGGUUCCUCAGGAAGAUUAG